UCCAUCCUUUCUUUCGCAGCAACAACAACCAGGACGAGACCAUGCCGGGAUCUCGAUCUCGAACGGAGCAGCUCCGUGAAGCUACCAAGCGACAGAUUGUUGGUGUCUUGACGGACACGACCAACAAUCGAAAGUCCAGCACUGUCGUCGAUGGGUCGGACCCCACUCAUGUCUCCUUGAUGAUUCAAGAUUUGCAGCGAGACUUUGAUCGACGAUUGGACGCCAUCAAGUCGGAAAUGCUGGCAUGCAAACAGGAUCAGUAUCAAGCUCAUUGCAAGGGAGUCAUCAAGAUCCCCAAGCCGACGCGAUCCAUGACGGUCAAAGAGUUCAAUCAAAAGUACAAUUGCAGUCUGUUGGAUCUACUCCAAAACGUGCGAGCCCAUGCCUCCGAAGGAUUUGCCAGUAUUCCCGCUGCUGUAUGUGGCAAACGAGAGCGAUUGGAGACACCCAUUCCGUUCCGCGGCAAUCGAACCGUGCAGACUCCUUCCACCAUCAUUCGGACUGUCCGUCGUGGAGAAAUAAUGUUCUCCAAAAAUGGGUCUCCGGUGGACAAUACCGAUGAAGGGGCCUUGGUGGCGACCGUCACCAAAAAGCGACGCGGCAAUGCCCCACCCGCAGCCACAGCCAACUUUGAUAUCAAUGUCGGGGAAGGGAAAUACAUUUCAUUGAAUGAUCCUUCGGGGCUUCAGAACCUAGACGCCAACAUGAAAACCAAUGCCGUGGCACAGCUCAAGGUAUUGCAGGAUCAAAUGGCAACCCUCAUGGAACAACUGACCACAAACGAAAAAACCACCACCAAGAACUAAGACCGAACCUCAAAUCAUCAAUCAAUCCAUCUAUGAUACAGAGGAUAGCAGUUCCAACGACCAGGAUUCU